AUGAGUAACAGAAAAGAAAGCAUCAAAAAAUCUCUAGGACUAACUGAAUAUCCCUGGAGUUCUGAUGAUGAAGAGACUCUACCUCCCUGUCAUAAUCCGACAUUUAGCCGACCAGAAAAUAUUGAGCCUAGAAGUACAACAACACCUGGGACCAGCGGGGCUGGUGUAAUCCCUUCUAUUAUCCCUGUAAGAAGAAACCAAGCAAGAUUGGAGCGGGAACUCUUUUGGUCUUUGCUAAACAAUCCUAGGACUACAAUACCAACAGAAUCCUCAAGACCAAGCACAAGUAGCGCAAGUACUAUUGAGAAUUCACGACCGACUGAGUCAGUUGACCUCAAUAGUCCAGUUUCCAAUUUGCAACGAAUCUUUGCCAUCAAAAGACUAAAUCAUAAUCCUAGUCCAAAACAUACUUUCAGAAGCACCUAUGUGAAUAUAUUGCCCUCUUGUAUGAUGUCUCCAAGGGUGGCAGGACGUGUGAGACAGAGGAACCGUCCGAACUCAGACAGGAACAGUGUACCAGCCGUUAUGGAUUUAGAAAAUCCUCCAAUGCAGGACGAGGGAGAUGAGUCACCAGAGAUUCCCUUGAUGCAAACCAUUCAAGAUAACAAUGACAACUCGGAUGAACAGGAAAAUAAUCCUUCGAAUACUGCAGCUCUUGGUAUAUCCGAGGUGGAGGAGAUAGUUGAUAUAGACCCCGAGACAGAAGUUAACUCACAAGAGGGAGCUGGUGACGACAACCAAGAACAGGCUAGUGAUGACGAGGAACAAACUGAUGCAACAGAUUCAGCUCCUAUCGCCGUUCCAGACGAACAACAAGCGUCUAGAGUUGUAAAAAGGAAGAGAGACAAUGACGAAAUAGAGCCGACUACUGUCAAGGAAUUUAACCAGAACCUUCUUCGCUUGUUGGAGUGUCCCGUGUGCCUGGAGUGGAUGGAGCCACCCAUGUGUCAAUGUCGCCGUGGUCACCUGGUGUGUGGUCGGUGCCGGGCGCGCCUCUCCGCCUGCCCCGUCUGUAGGAUCACCUUCUCAUCAGUCCGAAACCGGGCUAUGGAGGCUGUGACGGAGCUGCUCCGCUACCCGUGUCGCUACGGCUGCGGUCGUGAGACUCGUCUCCGUCGGCGCAGCGUGCACGAGGCGAGCUGCGCAGCGCGCCGGUACCGCUGCCCCGCGCCGACCUGCGCAGACCGCCCGCAUCUGGCCCUUACUGACCUGUCACAACACUUCCGAAGCAAGCACCUAUCGAUGCUGAAGGUGGGUCGCAGGCACAAGUUCUCUAUGCAGGUGAACUUAGAGCAGCACGACCACUGGCUGGUGAUGGCGCUCACGGAACUGUUCCACCUACGGGUCGACGUGGACAUACGCACCUGGGGAGUCUAUGUUUAUGUUGCUUACAUCGGACCCAAGUGCAAUGCUGCCAAAUAUACGUAUGAGGUCACCGUGUUAGGUCAACACAACGACAGAAAGUUAGUGUAUACACGGGCGACCCACAGCGACCUUGAGAGCUCGUCGCUGAACGUGAGUCGUCAGGACUGCUUCCACCUGACGCUGGAUCAGGCUCUGAAUUUCCUCCGCUUUAAGAACCGUCACUGCGAGCCGGACAAGUUCUUAGACUUCGUGGUCGAAAUCAACAAAAGCGAGGCCGCCGUGGAAAAUGUUCGGGUGGAGUCGGAUUCCUGA